AAAGCAAGGGACACGCGAUGACUUGCGAGAGAGACGACUCAUUGCCUCAUCACAAAACGUAGACAGUCGCAUUUUCCCAGCACAGCAAGGAGCCAACCCCAACCCCAACCUCUCUCUCACCACUCACAUCUCCAGCACCAUACCCGCACAGGAGCCCAGCCGGGACGACGAGCAGGAACAGUGGUGAACAGGGGGAGAGUAUGUCGUAGCGACUGUUCUGUGGUUCCUCAUAGUGUUGUGAUUUUGCUUCAAAUCUCAGCUUCUUUGUAGGCUCUUUUCUGCGUGUGUGUGUGUGUGUGUGUGUGUGUUUGUUCGCGGAUGUGUGCAGGAAGUGGGUGGGUGUGGGUGUGGGCGGCUCUUUGUUAAAUUUGUAAUGUGUGAUAUAUUAUUUCAAUUUAAUUCCUUUUCAAAUUUUUUAUAGUCGGAGUUGUUUCGGCCGGUUGAGAUUGAACUUCUUGACUGGUACAGCUUUGCCGAGCUGAGGGGCUUCGGGUUUGUGUGUGUGUUUGUUAGUGGUUGGGUUGCGGUGGAGUGUUUUGAGGAGAGAGGCAGGGGAGGGGUUAAGUUGCAGUUGGGGAAGAGUUGAGAUGUGUGGUGUGCGGGAUGGUGUCAUUCACGAGUAAGUGAAUCGCGACGGUGGAGAUUGGAAUGUGUUUGGAGAAGCGGGUGGAGGUUCAGCUGUUGGGAGAUUAGGGGAGGAUCUUGGGAGAUUUGACAGGGCCGCAACAAUACAGAGGGUGGGAAAGUGGACUGGCGAUGAGUUCAGGGUGAAUGCGUUGCUUGUGUUGCCGGAUUGGGGGCCGAGGGGUCGUGGAGCUGGUGCAGCUGCGACAUGAAGUCUCUGGCGGUGUUUGAGGAAGAAGUGGGAGAGGGGGUGUGAUUGCUGUGUUGGCUCACUGCGCAGGUGGCGUGAUUUUCGUAUGUAUUUUUUUCCUUUUCAAAAUUUCCUUUUGGGAGUGGUCAACAAAGGAAAAUAAAUAGCAGUGAGGAAGAGGAUAGUGGGUAAUCUCCGCAGCUCAUCUAAGGGUGAAGUGGUCGUCGAAUUCUUUGCCAAAGAGGCUUGUCUGAGGUUGGGAAGAAGUCAAACACUGCGUUGCAGGAAAUAUUGCAUAUUAGGUUGUGACUGUAAUUCCAGCAGCUCAAAUAUAAGAAAACGGAUCUCGUUUCGCGGUGACGUAGCGUUGGUGCUUUGGAGUGGAUUCUUCGAAGAUGAAUAGUGGGAUAGGAGCAGCGGCAUGCUCGAUGAUUUGAUUCCUUCAAGUGGCUUUCAUGGACCAGCGAAUGGGAAAUUGGAUUUUUUGAGAUCGAAGUCGACUCGCUUUUUUCAAGUACCCGAUCAAGAUACGUUGGAAGCGGGUAGGAUCGAUAAUGGACAUAUAGUCAUGCAGGGACAAACUAGUAAAUGUGGCAAGCCACAUUGGCAGGUCAAUUAUACAUCGGCGUGGAAUAGUGAGCAGGGAACUGAGGAUGGGGUGACCCCGGGAAAACCAGUUUCCCCGAAGAGUGACGCCGCUCUGGAGGACGUGGUUAAUGAAACGGCCACUGAAGCGCAUCCAACGCAUCAAAUCGAUGCAGAGCAUGAUGAAAUGGUAUCUUGGUUGCAGUAUCCACUGGAUGAUACCUUGGAAAGGGAUUAUUGCUCUGAUUUUUUUGGAGAGCUGCCAGAUUCCCACAUCCAGUUGUUGAGAGAGUCUUUUGGGCAAGGAGCUGCGAAGACAUUACGCACUCCUUAUUCUGGAGCACCAGGGAACGAUGGUUUUGUUAACAGAGCUUCCACCGCGGAUACUGCCAUGAUGUUAGGUGCCGGACGCGCGGCAGGACUUCUACCUCAGGCUGGAGUAGAAGCGUUCAGUAAAGUGCGUACAAUCCACUCCCUGCAACCUUCUUCCGUUACCAGGUGUCAACAACCACAUCCCAGCUCAUCAAAUGGUUCCACUGUGUGCGCGACGGCUAAUGUGACAACUACUAGGGCACCCACAUCGGUACCUACUUCGGCAACUCCUUCAAAUCCUAUGUUACCACCCAAAACUCAGCCUGCAGCUCCUACUGUUAAUACGCAACCUUCCCCACCCAACAACCGGCCAGGAUCUAUGAAUUUUUCUCACUUCUCGAGGCCUGCAGCCAUAAUUAAGGCAAAUUUGCACAGUUUGGCAGGGAUAAACGCUGCGCCUCCACCUAAUGCACGGUUCAAGCAGCAGCAUAGUCACUUGGUAAAGCCAACUGUGGAGGCGUGCACAUCAACUGGUUCUUCUAUUGCUGAGUCCACCUCAGCGGGGAAUGGGCAAUCGGGUUUGCAUAAGGAUGCGAAGGUGCAACCUUUAAUUAUGGAGAGGGAGCAGAGUAAUGGCACUGAGGAUUCUAGAUGGCAAGUUGCACCUGGUCUGUCACCGAAGAAGGAUCGAGAUUGUGUUGUGUCAGGAGAUUGUAAAAAUUCUCCGGCUGAUCAGGAAACUUGCCGGCCAUCAGUUGUAAUAAGUGACGCUGUGCCGGCCUCUUCCGAAAAAGGAAUGUCACGUAUUACACAUCACCCUGAUAUACAAGAGCCAACCAUCACAUCCUCUUCAGGUGGAUAUGGGACGAGUACAGACAGACUAAAAGAGGCCGCGACAAGUAACAAAAGGAAGUCAAAUGAGAGGGAAGAAACGGAAUGCCAGAGUGAAGAUGGGGAAGAUGAGUCAGUGGACACCAAGAAACCUGUAACUGGUCGUGGAAGUACAGCUAAAAGAAGCAGGGCUGCCGAAGUCCACAAUCAGUCAGAAAGACGGCGAAGAGACCGAAUAAAUGAGAAGAUGAGAGCUCUGCAAGAGCUGAUACCAAACUCCAAUAAGACUGACAAGGCAUCUAUGCUGGACGAAGCAAUUGAAUACCUAAAAAUGCUUCAGCUUCAGCUCCAGAUGAUGUCGAUCAGGACGGGUAUGACUUUGCCACCAAUGGUAAUGCCUGCUAGCUUACAACAACAUAUGCAGAUGCCGCAGAUUGCAGCAAUGCCAUCUAUGGGAAUGGGAAUGGGGAUGGUGCCAAUGAAUCUUGGUCAUGGGAUGAUGAUGGACAUGGGAGUGGCUGCCCAAGGAAGAGCAAUGAUGCCCUUGCAAUCGCAUGUGGGACCAUCCUUGAAUGGCGCUAUUGCAAGCGCAUCGUCUAUGGCUGAUGUUCAUGACCCUCGGUAUCAAACGUCAGGUGUUAUGGAUCCUUAUAACGCGUACAUGACUCGUCAGCAUCAGCCAAUGCAAAUGACUCAGGCUGUCAGUAUAGACAAAUAUAAUGCCUACAUGUUGCAACAGUGCCAACUUCAGCAACAUCUACGGCAGCACCAACAGCAACCUCAACACCUGCAACAUCAACAGCAUCAGCAGGCUCCUAAUAUGAAUGGCGGUCCUCCUCAUUAAUGGCUUUUGGAAAACUGGCUACUGCGAAAGCUAGUGCAGCUUUGUAACAAGGUGGAAUGUAAAAUCGAUUCUCUGGAACUUGAGGUGAGAAGGACUCGAACAGGAGUCUACAACUCGUGCUGUGGGUGGUAUCAAAGCCUAAGGGCUUUGACCAUUGCGGUGGUUGAUGAAGCAAUGCACACUUGCGAGCAAGUCGUUGACGGUGUAAUCUUCACUUCACCUAUUUUCGUGGAAUCCUUCUUAUCAGGGAGAUUGAGUAGGCCAAAUGCUGAGACCGUUAAAUAGUGGUCAUUGCCAAACCACUCUGAAGUUUCAGUAGAUGCAGGGGUCUCGGAGACUCCAUGAUUAUCAAUUAGCUAGUAUUUUUCUGCAGUUAUGCAAAGAGUUGUGAGAUUUGUGUCAGUCGUCAUAGUCAGAAGCGGAAUUGUAAACAUGAUCACUAUCAGUCACUUGCAAGAUAUAUCAGUGACAUCGCACGUACAAGAAUAAGGUACAGUGGCUCAGUUCUUAAACCUUGCCUAACAAUUUACUUGCCGUUUAGGGUUAAUGAUCUCAUUGGAUUGGUAAUUUUUGAAAAUGUAUCCAGCUCCACUUCCUAAAAAUGUGGUUGUUCCUAGCGCUCGAUGCUAUGUCUUUCAA